AUGUCCAAAGACACUCAAAUAAAUGAACGUACUACCUCAUCAAAUGACCUAUAUUUAGAUGAACCGUGUAUAAAAAAAGAAUUAUAUAGUAAUGAAGUAUUUGGCUUUGGUUCAAUGCAAGGAUGGAGAAAAACAAAUGAAGAUUUUUCGAAAUAUUUAAUGCCAUUCGAUAAUCAUUUAUGGAAAGAUUGGGCUUUUUUUUCUAUAUUUGAUGGUCAUAAUGGAAUUGAAACAGCAAAAAAUGCUGCUCAUCUUAUUGGUAAAUAUCUUUUGGAAUCUUUUAGCAAAUUGCAAUCUAAUAUUGAGAUUGAUAUUGCUCAAUUUAAUGAUAUUGUUAAAAAAACAUUUAUUCAAUUGGAUAAACAUUUACGUGAAUUUGUUCAAGAUAAUAGUGGAUCUGUUUGUAUAGCAUCAUUAAUUGGUCCAAAAAAUAUUUAUUUAAUUAAUAUUGGAGAUUCUCGUGGAAUAAUUAUAUCAAAAGAUGGACACGUUUUAUCAACUACAAAAGAUCAUAAACCAAGUGUUCGAAAAGAACAAGAACGUAUACGUAAAGCAGGAGGUCAUAUAACAAAAUCUGGUAAUGAUGUAUUACGUGUUGAAAAUCAACUUGCAACAACUCGAGCAUUGGGAGAUUAUUCAUUAGAUAAACAUAUUAUACCAGCUUUACCUGAUAUAAUUGAAUAUCCAAGAGAUUCAUCAGCAUCAUAUCUGAUAAUUGCUUCUGAUGGAAUUUGGGAUGUUAUGAAUAAUGAACAAGUUGCAUUAUUUGUUUCUCAACGAGCAUCAAAUUCAAGGUUAGAUCAAAUAAUAUCAGAAUUAUUUGAUCAAUGCUUAAAAGAAGAAUCAUCAGAUAAUAUGACUGCUUAUAUUGUUAAACUAGAUUAA